UGUGCAAUAGUGCAAAGAUGCUUUUAUUUUAACCUAAAACUUUUAUUUAAUGUUUAAUGUUUUAAUAGAAUUUUUUAAUCUAUGGCUCGCUAUAUAAAAUAUUUAACGCUUUUUAACUGUUUAAAUGUAACAAAUCAAAAAAAACAAAUAGGUUCCUACAGUUCCAUUCGCCUGUUAUUGCAGUUCUGUCAAGUUCGAGCUUUUAUUAGUAGCAGAACAAAAUGCUUUCAUACCAGUAUAACAGCAUUUAAAAGGCGACAAGCUGCAGAAGAGAAGAAAGCGCCAAAAGUAAUUGAAUAUAAACCUCAACCAAAAUGGGAAGUAGUGGAUAUAUGGAAAGGUAUAACUUUAAAGGAAAUAGCAUCAGUAUUAAACAAAGAUUUUGCAUAUGUUCAGAAACUCUUUAUGAAUGAAAUUAAAUAUCCAAAUUUUCCCGUAAAUGACACUGCUAUUUUACAAAAUGCAUUGAAACGAGCUGGCAAGAGAAUGCGCUUGAUUGCAAAGCCAACUGACCAGGCAGAGGAAAAAAUUGUGAAAGAUAUUGCUGCUAGGCCUCCACCAACAAAAGAAAUGUUAAGACCUCGACCACCAGUUGUAACAGUGAUGGGACAUGUAGAUCAUGGGAAAACAACACUUCUUGAUGCUCUAAGACAUUCUAGUGUUGUAGAUCAGGAAUUUGGUGGUAUUACUCAACACAUUGGUGCCUUUUCUGUUGUGUUAGAUUCAGGUUCUAGAAUAACAUUUUUGGAUACUCCUGGACAUGCUGCUUUUACUUCAAUGCGAGCUAGAGGGGCAAAUGUUACCGAUAUUGUUGUUUUGGUAGUAGCUGCUGAUGAUGGUGUUAUGGAACAAACAAUAGAAUCAAUUAAUAUGGCACAAAGGGCAAAAGUACCUAUAUUGGUGGCAAUUAACAAAAUCGAUGCCCCAAAGGCAAAUGUGGAGAGAGCAGAAAAAAUGUUAUUGGAGCAGGGAAUUCAAGUGGAACGACUUGGAGGAGAUACUCAAGCAGUUCCCAUCUCAGCUUUAAAAAGGCAAAAUUUAGAUAAAUUAACUGAGGCUCUAAUUUUACAAGCAGAAUUACUUGAAGUAGGUGGUGAUCCUACAGGUCCUGUUGAAGCAGUUGUUGUUGAAAGUAUUGUCCAUCAUCAGAGAGGGAAAUUAUGUACUGCUGUAAUACAAAGGGGUACUCUUAAGAGGGGCAACAUAUUAGUUGCUGGGACAGCUUUCGCAAGAGUGAGACUAUUGAGAGAUGCUAGUGGUCAAGUUUUACAAAGUGUGACUCCAGGAAACCCCGUGGAAAUCGAAGGUUGGAGAGAUUUACCUCCAGCUGGAGAGUUGAUUUUGGAGGUUGAAAAUGAGGGACUUGCAAAAGAUGUUAUAAAGUUCAGAGAAAAGCUAUUAGAACAGAAAAAACUUGAGGAAGAUGAAAAAAUAAUUAAACAAAAGCGAGAAGAGCACGAUCUUGCUUAUAGAGAACAAUUGGAAAAGAAAAGGAAAUUGGGGAGAAGACGUCUUAAGAGGGAAGGACCCCGACAACCUGAAUUCAUUAAAGAAAAUGGGCCACCAUCCCUAAAUAUUAUUGUCAAAUCUGAUGUGGAUGGCACCUUAGAAGCCAUAUUAGAAAUUCUGGACACUUAUGAAUCUGAUGAAUGCAAACUGGAUAUCGUUCAUUACGGUGUAGGUGCAAUAUCCCAAAAUGAACUCGAACUGGCCCAGACUUUUAAUUGUAUUAUAUACGCAUUCAAUGUUGAUAUAAAUGACAAUAUAAAAAACCUUGGCAAAGAGUUGGACAUAGAGAUUAGGCAUUUCAAUGUGAUUUAUAAAUUAAUUGACGAUUUUAAAAGAGAAAUAAACAGUAGACUGCCGGAGAAAGAGGUUGAGGAAGUUGUUGGAAAGGCAGAGGUGCUACAGCAGAUCGAAAUAAACGAGCGCAGAAAAAAGGUUCCUAUUGCGGGGUGCAUUUGCAUUGAGGGAAUAUUAAAAAAAAGUGCUAGAUUCAGGUUAGAACGAAAUGGUUGCGUUGUAUAUGAGGGGCCGCUUUCUUCCAUGCGACACCUAAAGGAUGAAGUUGCAGUUAUAAAAUCCGAUACAGAAUGUGGCAUUAGGUUAGCUGACACAACCGUAACUUUUGAAAAAGGCGAUAUUUUGAUAUGUUUUGAGAGCAAAAUGGUACCGCAAGAAACCGAUUGGGAUCCGGGAUUUUAAUAAUAUAGUUUUUGCGGACUAAAUUUGUUUUUGCUUUUGUUCACUCUUGAUCCGCAAAUUAAUUGUAAUAUAAUAAGUCUGACC